AUGGCUAUCACAACCCCAACCAAGACCCCACAAUCCACCCAAAAACCCCAAAUCAGCAUAAUCGGCUCCCUAAACAUCGACUUCGUAACAGCAACCCCUCGCUGCCCAGGACCAGGCGAAACCCUCACAGCAACCUCCCUAACCGUCUCAGCAGGUGGCAAAGGCGGAAACCAAGCCGUAGCCUGUGGCCGCGCCUCCUUCACAUCGCAAACAACCCAAGAUGUGUGCGUGAACAUGAUCGGCGCCGUCGGCGCCGAAGACCCAUACUACACGACCCUCCUACAGCCCGCACUGGAGAAAUCCGGCGUCGACACAACAUCCAUUGAGCAAUCGACUGUCGCACAGACUGGGUCGGCUAGCAUUAUCGUGGAAGAAGCUAUUGGAGGCGAGAACAGGAUUCUCGUCGUUCCCGGCGCAAACCAUGCCGGACUGCUGAGUUCCGUAGACAAUGUUCUCACUGCGCUCAAGAGUUACCCGUCUACACCCGAUAUCGUCGUUUUGCAGGGCGAGAUCCCGCGCUCCACGACGCUGGGUUUGCUCGAGUAUUUCAAUGAUUGUUCUGGCGAGGAGCGCGCGAAAGUGGUUUUCAAUCCGGCGCCUGUGUUCCCAGAGGGGAUUCCGCUUUCGGCGCUGCGUGGGACCGCUGUGCUUAUUAUGAAUGAGACGGAGGUUGUGCAGAUGGCGAGGUCGAUUGAGGGUCUUCCUGUUGGGGAUGUUCUUGAGGGGGAUGAUUUACGACCUGAGGAGUUGGCGCCACGGUUCCAUGAGCGAGCGGGCGUUGAGAUUGUUCUUAUUACACUUGGUGCGAAGGGGGUUUAUUUCUCGACAAAGACGGGUCGCACAGGUAUUGUUGCUGGUGUUAAGGUUUCUAAGGUUGUCGAUACAACUGCGGCGGGGGAUACGUUUGUUGGGUACUUCGCGACUGCUGUGGCGCGUUUCUUGGCGACAGGACGGAGCUCGGGGGAGUUUGAUGAUGAUAUUGAGGGUGCGGUUUCGAAGGCGAAUGCUGCUGCUGCUAUGUGUGUGCAGAGACGGGGUGCUAUGCAGAGUAUUCCCUUUGCGUACGACAUGGAAUGA